AUGUUGAAGUUCACGGUGGUGUUGUUGUUUCAGUUUGACAGUGUAGGGAAGGACUUGAAAGCCACACAACUGCUGACAAUUCCAGUCUCCGUGCUGCGGUAUCAAGCUGAGGAAGAGAGAAGGAGAAAGGUUAUCGAGGAGGCUGAAAGAAUAUCCCAACAAAUAAACAGAGACAUCAGUGAUGAUUUCUCCAUACUGGAUGAAGCUGACAAUAAGGAGAAUGAAGAACCUGAGAGGACGGAACCCCAGCGGAACUUGUGGGUGGAGAAAUAUGCCCCUCGGCGCUACACCGAGCUUCUCAGUGAGGAGACUCUGAAUCGCACCCUGUUGCACUGGCUGAAGUUGUGGGACUUUGUGGUGUUUGGGAGAGAUCUGCCAGUCAAGAAGGACAAGAAGGAUAAGAAGAAGCAGGAAUUCAAGAAGUGGAAGCAACCUGAGGUCCUUGAGGAGCUUGACAAGUUCAACAGACCUCAGCAGAAGGUUACACUGCUGUGUGGACCACCUGGACUCGGGAAGACCACCCUGGCGCACAUCGUUGCAAGGCAUGCUGGGUACAACGUGGUGGAAAUGAAUGCCAGUGAUGAUCGAAGUGCUGAUGUAUUCCGGAACAAGCUGGAGGCAGCGACCCAGAUGAAGGCUGUACUUGGUGCUGACCCCCGUCCCAACUGUCUAGUGAUAGAUGAGAUAGAUGGCGCUCCACAGGCAGCAAUCAACAUUUUACUGAACCUAAUAAAGCGAACAGACCAGAGUACCACCAAGAAGAAGAACGAAGGUGGAAUUCUGUACCGACCCAUCAUUUGUAUAUGUAACGAUCAAUAUGUUCCUGCUCUGCGGCAGUUACGUCCCCUUGCUAUGAUUUUGCACUUCCCACCAACAGAGCCGACCCGUCUAGCAAGCCGACUAUAUGAGAUUGUCCGGGAGGAGAGGAUCAAAGCGGAGAUGAAUGCCUUGCUGGCUCUGUGUGAAAAGUCGGAGAACGACAUCAGAUCCUGUCUCAAUACCUUGCAGGUAACGACAUAUUCACAAACAACAUUAUUUUGUUCGUCAAAGAGACAGGACUUUAACCUACGUGUUGUCCAGAACUUGACCGUGGGCCAGAAGGACUCUCACAAGAGCUUGUUCUCUCUGUGGUACCAGAUCUUCUCCAUGCCUCGAGCCAAGAAGAACAAGUUUGUAAAUAUCCAUGACUUGAGAAAUGGCCAGCAGGCACAGAAGAUGGGAACUGUCACAUCUCCUGCAAAUAGAUUCCACACAGUGUUGCUGGCGGCACAGGCUGCAGGGGAGUACGAGAAGGUGACCCAAGGAGUGUUUGAGAACUACCUGGAGGCCAAGUGUAAAGAUCCCAGGCUUGAUGCUUUAAACAGCGCUAACGACUGGCUGGUGUUCGUCGACUGUAUCAACAAGUACACCAUGCACAAGCAGGACUACAGCCUCAUGAAGUAUGUGCCCUUCACCUUCGUCAACUUCCACCUGCUGUACGCCUCAUACCAGCCCCCCAAGAUUAAGUACCCAUCCAGCAACUACGAGCACAUCACUAGACUCGCCAAGUCCAUCAACUUGGUGACAUGCAUGUUUGCCGACAUGGCCCCUGCCGUGAAGAAGUUCAUCAACACCAAGAAUGCUGUGUUGGACAUGCUGCACCCCAUGCUGCAGAUUAUGCAGCCCACCCUCAGACCCGUGAACACUCAGCUGUACAGCAAGCGAGAGAAGGAGGAGUUGUCUAACCUUGUGCGGAUCAUGAUAGCCUACAACAUGACGUACCAGCAGGAAAAGUCUCUUGAGGGGCAGUACAGCUAUGUGCUGGAUCCAAAUGUUGAAGAAAUUGUGAAAUUUCCUGGAAUGAAACAACAACGGCAGCUGACCUACGCAGCCAAACAGCUGAUAGCCAGAGAGAUAGAGCUUGAGAGGAUGAGGAUGACCGAGGUGAAGCUGGCAGUGAGGAACACUGGUUCCGCUCCAGACUUAGAGACGAUUAAGGACAACAUCCCAGCUGUGCCCAACCACAAGAGAAAGCUGGAAGCAAAACCCAUCCUUGAGGAUAAGCCUAUGAAAAAUUUCUUUGGUAACUUCACAAAAACAAAAAGAACUUCUUCAACUGUCAGUUCUGAAAAGACGAAGUCCCCGGAGGGAGGAAAAAACAAGAAGGAUGUGCUGGCCACGGAUGUCUGGUUCCAUUUCAAGGAAGGAUUCUCCAACGCUGUCCGCAGAACAGUCCGCGUCCAGGACUUCUUAUGAGAUACAGCACCUGUACAACAAUCAUCUGUGACAGAAGCAGAAAGGAAUGACUUGAUAUCUCCUUGUAGGAGAGUAUAAGCGGAUGAAGGACUCAUGGACUGAUGACCCAGGACAGUGUAUAGACCUGGCAUAUCAUGCAGUUUGUUGAUGGUGACUUACUGCAUUGGUCAUUACAUAACAGUCACCUGUGUAACCCAUUCAAGGUAUCAAGCAGGUGCCAAACUGUCACCCUGGAGGUUUGAGAGAUGUAGGCAAGAGGUUCCAUAUUUCACAGAGAUAAUUAUGAAAUCUGGCUGAAGACAUGCGUGGAGGGCUGGUGUUUGAUAAUGCACAUAGCACAUUCACCUGCAUCAUGGCGACCUGUUGUUAUUUGAAAACGAGUGUCUUCGGGAAUACCAGUGAUGAUUGGACAGAGAAUGAUGACUCUACUUGUAACCUCCUGACUUUUGUCAGCUUGUGACAAUCAACAGUUACUAGAGACCCAGGAAUAAACAGGUACGAGCGAGAUGUGUAUCUGUACUGAGGAAACUCAUUCCACGAUAAUGAGAAAAGGUGGAUGUACAUUGAAGAUGGUUUCUGUCCACAGGUUCAGUAAAGCAUUACAGUGCUUGGUGUUAUGUAGCUUGAUAGAGUUUGUGAAUAGUAGAUGGUGGUGUCAAAACCUUGUUGCACCAGCCUAAACCAGAUUGCAGUCAUACGAUAUGUAUUGACUGUACAUGCAUGAUAUUUCCUAUAUUCCAAAGCGAGCUGAAUUCGACAUUCUGGUGUUUUUCGGCGAUUGCAUUGCUGGCUAUAUAU